AUGAAAGGUGAACUGACGGUAGAGGAAAUAGCAGAUUCUGAGCACAGAAUCAUUGCCGAUGCACAGGCGGAAGUAUUUGCAAUUGAAUAUGCAACUUUGUUGUCAGGUAAGAUGUUGGCUUCCAGUUCCAAACUCCUUACACUUCAGCCACAUCUAGAUGAAAAUGGGGUCAUGAGAUUGAGUGGACGCUUAGGCGAUGCUGAAUGUUUGCCACUUGGAGCGCGAUUUCCCAUAAUUCUACCUCGUAGAAGUUGGGUGACAAAGCUCAUCAUAAAACAGUAUCACGAAGAUGGUAAACAUGUUCUGGGCACAAACCAAACACUGGCUGCAGUGUCAUCAAAAUACUGGAUUAUCUCAGCACGAGAAGCAAUACGUGAAUGGGAGAAAGAAUGUGCUCGAUGUCAUAGGGACAAAGCAAAACCUGCCUAUCCAAUGAUGGCUCCGUUACCAAAAAUGAGACUUCGAACAUCCUUCCGUGCAUUCAGCCAGGCUGCUGUUGACUAUGCUGGACCUUUCAUAACAGUCCAAGGCAGAGGAAAAUCACGUCAGAAACGUUAUUUGUGUCUAUUCACCUGUUUGACUACAAGAGCUGUUCACCUAGAGAUGGCAUACAGCUUGGACACCAGCGCAUUCCUAAAUGCGUUUUACCGAAUGGUAAAUCGAAGAGGUCUACCACAAGAUGUCAUAUCUGACAAUGGAACAAACUUCGUUGGUGCCGUCAAAGAACUCAAGGAACUUCUUCACAUGCUGGAUCAAGAUGCUGUUCGGCGUUCCAUGGCCAAUCGAGGAGUGAAAUGGCACUUCAACCCUCCAUACUCGCCGCAUUUUGGAGGCGUAUUCGAGACGAUGAUAAAAUCGGCUAAGCGUGCUAUCUUCGCUAUCCUGGGGAAUGGUGACGUCACAGAUGAGGAAUUGGAAACGGGAUUCACCGGAGCUGAAGCGCUGAUCAACUCGCGCCCUCUGACAUAUCAGUCGACUCAUAUACCUCCCUUGGAGGACUUGUUCUUGAAGUAA